CGGUAGGAGGGGCCGAAUUUAUCCUUUUAGAGCCGCCGGAACAUGGUGGCGGGGCGCGCAUGCGCCGUGCACCAACAUGGCGGAACUGGAGAUUGGACAGCACUGUGAAGUGGAGGACUGCGGGCAGCUUGAUUUUCUCCCUUUUGUCUGUGAUGGCUGCUCAGGAGUCUUCUGUCUUCAGCACAGAAGUCGGGCUGCUCAUGGUUGUUCUGAGGCAAAUCUAAAAAGUGGGGAGGUGAAACCAGAUCACCACAAAUCUUUCUUGUGCACAUAUAAAGGUUGUGAUGGAAAAGAACUUGUACCUGUGUUGUGCCCUUCCUGUGGAAAGCAGUUUUGCUUUCGUCACCGCCAUGAACUGGACCAUGAAUGUGAAAAAUUGGAAAUCCCUAAACCUCGCAUGGCUGUUACCCAGCAGCUUGUUAAAGAUAUUGUAGAUUCUAAGAAAGAAGCCACAGUGAGUAAAAGAGGCAGAGGAGCAAAGAACAGCGAAACAGCAGCAAAGGUGGCCCUAAUGAAACUGAAAAUGCAUGCAUCUGGGGAUAAGUCCUUGGUGCAGACAGAGAGAAUCUACUUCCAAGUGUUUUUACCUAAAGAAAGUAAGGAGAAAAGCAAACCCAUGUUCUUUAGUAGUAACUGGAGCAUUGGUAAAGUGAUAGAUUUUGCCGCUACCUUAGCAAACCUUAAGAAUGAGAACAACAAAACCACAGCUAAGAAAUUACGACUCUGCCACCCGGCAUCUGGAGAAGCUUUGCCUUUGGACCAGACACUAGCAUCUUGGAUAAGCAGCAGAGAAUCCCCACUAAAUAAUGGUGGAAAUGUGAUCUUGGAAUAUCUUGAUAAUGAAGUCCAUUUUCUAGAAAAUGCAACUUCAUAUAUAGAGUAGUCGUGAAAAACACUCUGCAUGUGAUUGUCAGGCCUAACAAAAGUCUGUUUAUAGUUUCAUCAUGUGUUAUUUUUAUCACCUACAUGAAGAAAUUUAAUAAAUUCUGAUUUAUGU